GAUGUGGAGCAGAAAGACAUCGAGGUAGCUCGGGAAGAUCAGGAACGGAUAAACAAAUUCAGUCGAUUGAACAUGAAGUACGAGGAGCUGGACGAAGAGAUUGUAUCCAUGAAGAGCGAGGUCCAAGCUUUCAAGGAUGCUGCAGAGGAGAUCGAAGGCUGCAUGGAAGAGAAUGGGAUCAUGAUGAAGGUUGGUGAGGCCUACACUUUGGUUGACGAGGAUUCCGUGCUGGAGAAGUUGAAUAAACAAAUCGCUGAUUCAGAGGCGUCCUUGUCCCAAAAGUCUGAUGAGAUUGAGAGUGUGAAAUCUGAGCUGGACGCCUUGAAGAAGGUGCUCUAUGGGAAGUUUGGCUCAAGCAUCAAUCUGGAAAAGUAGAGGCACGAGUGCGGCAGGAGGCCAUCGCUAUCGUAUUAUUCAGAUAGAACUUACUACUAGGAACAAGAAGCUACUAGGGGCUCCUGGAAUCGCCACCAGGAGCAAGGACGCUACUAGGGGCUCCUGGCCUUACUACUACGAACAAAGAAGCUAUAUACUAGGAACUUGAUGGCGUCCAGCAGUUUCUGAGGUCCCAGCUUACACGGGCACCCCCAAAGCGCGGAUUCGCUGAAGCCCUGUUUUCCUGUAAGCCUGUGUGUCUAUUGACGUCAAAGAAUAGUGUGCAACAAAGCUGCUUGCAAACUAGGAUAACACCAAAACUCCAAAGCCAUACAUUGACUGGUUUUCCUUCUCGACUGAUGGAAAAGCAAGUGUUUUUCACGAAGACGGCGCAGGGCUCUUGCU